GUUUACUCUGUAAAGUUUGGACAAUAAAAAGUUGUAGACGAGAGCGUUGUUCCCCGGCCAGCAUCACGCAAUCGAGCUUAUUCCAAUUGACCUACAAUACUUUUCGAAUCGAAAGACGCAGAAAGAACUCCAAAAUUGAGGAUGGCGCGGAGAAGGUUUACGGCUCCGGCGCCGGCACCGGCACCGGCGUCCAUGAAAAUGGCUUCAGUUUUGCUGUUGUCUUUGUACGCCGCCCUAGCCAUGGCUGAGCUCCUAACCAGUGACGACGAUAAUAUGUCAAGUGCUGCUGCGGCAAGACUAUUCUGGUCUUCCGCGAAGGAGGAGGCGGACCUCUUGCGGACUGCCGAGGAUGAUUCACCCUCUGCCGCAGUUGUUGGCGACCGUGACCACGACGAUAUCGACGGCGGAUUUUCCACCCUUGAUGGAAUGCUACAGUGGUCUAUUGGUCACUCUGAUCCAGCCAAAUUAAAAGAAGCAGCCGAAGAUAUCCGGCGUCUAUCUUCCGCCGAGUUAGAGAAACGUCAGAUGGAAAUUAAGGAAUUGAUGGAGAAGCUCAAAAUGCCAUCAGAUGCUCAACUGAUGCAGAUUGCAAUAGAUGACUUGAAUAAUUCCUCUCUAUCUUUGGAAGAUCGUCAUCGAGCAUUGCAGGAGCUUCUAAUACUUGUUGAACCAAUAGAUAAUGCAAAUGAUCUGCACAAACUUGGGGGCAUUGCUGCAGUUAUACAUGAACUCUCUCACCCCAACUCAGACAUAAGGAGAAUUUCUGCAUGGAUUCUUGGGAAAGCCAGUCAAAACAACCCAGUUGUUCAGAAGCAGUUUCUAGAACUUGGAGCACUGACAAAAUUAAUGAAGAUGGUGAGAUCUAGUUCUGUUGAGGAAGCCAUCAAAGCAUUUUAUGCGGUUUCAGCCUUGAUCCGUAACAAUAUGGAUGGUCAGGAAUUAUUCUUUGCAGAAGCUGGGGAUUUGAUGCUUCAGGAAAUACUGAGCAACUCUAGCAUUGAUAUUAGACUAUGCAGGAAAGCUGUAUUCCUGGUGGCUGAUCUGGCAGAGUGCCAAUUAGAAGACAUGCACAAGGCAGCGCUGCCAUUUUUGAGUAACCAGUUCUUGUUGAAGUCCGUGGUUGAUCUAACAGCAUCGACUGAUCUUGAUCUCCAGGAGAAGGCCCUUGUUGCUGUUAAAAGUCUCCUCCAACUCAGGUCAAAUGAAGCUCUAGUUUUUAAGGACUUUUGUGGUUUGGAAAGUGCAUUGGCAAGGAUGAGGGAGCAGUUUCAGGAUUUAAUGCUGGAGGAAUAUCGCAGAGAUUAUGCAAUGGACUUGGAAAAACUCCGCAGUGAAGUUGAAUUGAUAUACCGUAGAAAGCUGCAAAAGGUGGGUGAAAAUAAAUGUUUAGGUUGUAAUAUCAUUAACUAUCAUCUUACUAUAAUUUUAUGAACCUUCAUCCGUCUGUAAUUUUGUGACAGGAUGGAGGGGUUCCAACAUGACGACACAUUUUGCAUUUUUACUUAGCUAAUGGAGGACAUGUGAAUAGGUUUGCUUAUGAAUUGCUUCUUGCUGGUUAUCAUGGAUUUGUGCAUCUCGACUGCGUAGGCUUUCUAUCAAAAGGGUAGAUGUGCUAGUUCUUGCGUGCUUGUGAGCUUGUACUUGAAUUUGCCAAUUUGCUGGUCCCUAUAUGCGUGGUUAAGCAGUUUCGAGCUCAUCUAACAUGGUAGUGUCUUGUGUCAUGUAAAUCGAGGGAAACAGGGAUAACCUCCUGUAGCCCACACAUGCUGUACACGUUUUUCUUUUUUUCCUAAUAUAUAAUAUUACAAUACAAUGAGGAAUUCUGUGUAGUUAAUUUUGUCAA